UUUCUCGAUCAAAAACCCCCAGCUUACUAGGGUUUUGUUUGACUCUCUCAAAUCGGAAGUUUUGAAACUAUGACGACGGAGCUAGUAACGCCGGGAGAUGUAAUCGGGAAAGCAACCGAGUUUAAAGCCGGAAAAGGAGCUUAUGUUAACGACACCACCAUCUACGCUUCUCUCACAGGAACUCGUCGGAUUGUUUCUCCUCUUCCCGAAUCACUUGACCAGAGAGCUAUUGUGGAAGUUACGGGUCACAAGGCGCAUGGUCCAAUUCCGGGGACGGGUUCUGUUGUCAUAGCAAGAGUGACUAAAGUUAUGGCUCGGAUGGCUGCUGUUAAUAUCAUGUGUGUUGGUUCAAAGGCCGUUCGUGAAAAUUUUGCCGGCGUAAUCAGGCAACAAGAUGUUAGAGCAACAGAGAUUGAUAAAGUUGACAUGCAUCAGUCUUUUCGUGCAGGUGACAUUGUUAGAGCUAUGGUUCUGUCUCUUGGUGAUGCACGGGCUUACUAUUUGUCAACUGCUAAGAAUGAACUUGGUGUGGUCUCAGCAGAAAGUGCUGCAGGCGAAACAAUGGUUCCAAUAAGUUGGACAGAGAUGCAGUGCCCCUUGUCAGGCCAAACGGAGCAGAGAAAAGUUGCCAAGGUGGAUAUGGGUGCUUUCUGUUGUUGCUUUCAAGUUGAUCUCUUUGAGAGUUAUGUCAAUCCAAACACUUCAAUGACUAGAAACUGUCCUUGCCUAAAUUGCUUCCUCCAGAGUUUCAUGGAUUUGUAUGCGUCAUUGUUUAAUAGAGGGGGCAUGCAUCCAAUACCUUCAACUGUUGAGACUGCUACAGUGAUGAAUUCAACAACUGCACUCGAUGACUCUCUAUCUAGUGUGUAUCAUUCUCCUCCAACACCAUUGCCUUACGAUGCUGAUCCUAGGUACUUUCGUUUUGUUAAGGGCUCUGGCCAUUCAGGUGAAGAAUCAGAACCAUUAAGAGGUGAUACUGAAAUGAGUUCUGAAGCUUUGGGUGGUGGUGGAGCCAAAUGGAGUAAGUCUGAUUGCGAAGAUGGUUCGAAAGAAGCAUAUUCAAAAGGUUCAUCAACCAUUGCAAAGUCGAAAACAAUGCCGGGGAUUGAAAGUUAUUAUGCAGAAUCGGAUGAUGAAGAUAUUUGUCCAACCUGCCUUGAUGAUUACACUCCGGAGAAUCCAAAGAUAAUCACCAAGUGUUCUCACCAUUUCCACCUUAGCUGUAUUUAUGAAUGGAUGGAGAGAAGUGAAACUUGCCCCGUCUGUGGAAAGGUGAUGGCAUUUGAUGAAAAUGAAACUUCUUAGCAUUGUAAUAAAGACUUGCUCAAAGAACAUAAAGGAGAGUUGAGUCUUGCUCAAUAGAAUAAACAGAGAGAAAUCACCUGUACAUAAAACUUCUGUGAAUAUCCAGAUGCCUUUUAACAGUAAAUAUGUGACGUCUCU